AUAGUAAUGUUUUCAUUUUGGCACAGCUGACACCCAAGGAAACUGAAGACUAAAAAUCAGAACUGUUUAAGGGUUUUCUGUUUUUACCAACAUUUAAAGCAAGAACAGACAUGGGUAGAAUAUUUCUUAGACACAUAGGAGGGACCAGGCUAUUCUCCUGUGCUAGUUGUGACACGCCUCUAACAAACAGAGCAGAGUUGAUUUCAACAAGAUUCACAGGAGCCACAGGAAGAGCCUUCCUCUUCAACAAAGUGGUUAACUUAAACUACAGCGAAGUACAGGAUCGAGUCAUGUUGACAGGGCGACACAUGGUCCGAGAUGUAUCCUGCAAGAAUUGUGACGCGAAGCUUGGCUGGGUGUAUGAGUUUGCCACAGAAGACAAUCAGAGAUACAAAGAAGGGCGAGUGAUCUUGGAGAGGGCACUAGUGACUGAAAGUGAAGGUAUAGAGGAACAUAUCAGCCAUGACAGUUGAAGUAAAAGGGGAGAUACUGUUGCCUUAAAAUGUACAAAGCUGUGUGUAUAUUUUAAUGAGAUUAACUUAUCACAGGAUAUAUAGUGCCAGAAGAGUUGUUUACGAAAGUGUUAUAAAGACAGUUUAAAAAAUUCUGUGAUGACAGUUUGAACUGGCUUGCUGUCUAGAGAGAUAGGGUUGUUUCAGCAUGUUCAUUUAUGUGAGAUGAGUUUCACAUCAGAAAUGUAAAUUCAAUGUUAUGCUUGUUGAGAAAUGUUGAUUCCUAACUUGGAUUUUACUUGAGCAGUUAUCCAUAUAUCAUAAAUUUUAGUAGUCCAUGUUCAGCUACAUUCAGCAGUACAUGAAUUUCACAUUAACUUUAAAAAAAAAAACAACAAAAAACAAAAACAAAUCAUUCCACCUACACAUUGCUAUGGUUUAAUAAUUUGACUAAAUGAUUAACUCAAGACAUACAGAUAGAGAGAGGGAUAAACAGAGAGAGAGAAAAAUAUGAACAACUGAACACAUUUGAGUACUUAUAUUAGUAGUUGCAUUAAAAGGUAGAUGUAUAAUGAAAAAUAUAUUUAAUUUUUCUGGAAUCCAUUCCUUUAUCAAAAUCUCAACGUUUAGUACACCUGAGUCACAAUGCUAUUUCUUUUGGUCUGUUGUUACUUAAGAUUUAAACAUAUUCAGCUUCUUCUCUGAAUGACUGAGCCCACCAGUUAGCAUCUAUGGAAAAAGGGAAACAAAACUUUGAACUUCAUGAUCUCUGCCUUCCUUGGGCCUAUGGGGUGGGGCCAGGACCAUCGUAGUUAAUAAAAUCUUCAAAAAUCUUCAUUAGUCCUGGAUAUCAAGCAGUCAACUAUUUGCAUGGUUAUAAUAAGAAAUGAUCUCUCUACUAAAUUAAAAAUUGUGAAAUUCCUGGCCCCUGGGUUCAGGCUCCAGGGUGGAGCUAAGUUUGUUAUAUGCUGAUAUUUGAAAUGCUUUAAUUUAUUUCUUAUAAAAUCUUCUUUUUUACUCAUUUUACUCUUGUACAUCUAGCAUGCAAAUUGUUGGCAUGAUUAUUAUAAGUACUAAUUUUUUUUUUACCAAAGUUGUUAAAUUCCUGGCCCCUGGGUCCAUUGUUAAGGCCUUAUUUGUUCACAUAUUGAAAAAAAACUUUGCAUCUUAGAAAAUCUUCUUCUAUGCUCAUGGAAACUAAGCAGGCAAACUGUUCAAUGACUAUAAUAAGUACAGCACUCUACCAAAAUUGUGAAAUUCAUUGCUCCUCUGCCCAUUGUUCAAGCCCCUUAGUGGGGCUUAAUCAUGUAUUGAAAAUUAAUUAAAUCUUUGAAAUUAUUUUGUCAAAAGGACAUCUAUCAAAGAGCAAAAUAAUUAUAAAAUUACUAUAAGUGUAAAACCCUUUACCAAUGAAAAAUUCAUGCCUUUUGGGUCAUUGGUUUAGGUCCAGGGUGGGAUAAGUUGGUCAUACAGUCAAACCUCAUUAACUCGAACUUGUUCAACCUUCAGAGAUAUCUGAAGGUUUGAGAUAUUGAGGGUAAAAUAUACUUAAAGGAAAAGGGUUUGGGACUUCCAAAUCACUUCAAUAUAUCAAUUAUAUUCAAUAUAUCUCUGUUUGAGAUACCGCAGUUGUGUGAUGUCCAUCCAUCUUCGCUAGCCAAGAGUUUAUGAUCCGCUGCCCUUGAUGAUGCGAUGGAAUGGUAACCAUUGGUUAGCAAAGAUUGAUGUUACACAUGCAGUGUGUAUUUGAUGAGCAGUGAACAGCGCUGAUUAAUUCCUUUCCUAGCUGUUUUCUUUAUUGUCUCUCUGUUAUUUUUACAUAAACUCACAUGAUAUUUCUUUAAGAUGCUCUAUGUAGAUGUUCAAGGAUAUUUUACUGCUGUUUCAGGGACAUUUUCACAAAGUUAUGAAGUUUCUAUUCAUUGUCACUUCGAUCAUAAAUAUUUGAUGUUUCUAUUUAUAGGAAAGAAACUUUGUACCAGUGCUUUUUAAAGAUGAAUUAACAUUAAAUAAAGAAAAAAAAAUAUCAUUCCAAUGUGUGGAGAUACAUAAUAAAAACUACUUUAUUUGUCAAA